UUCAUCCUUUAUCACAGACCACCCUCCGAGGAGAUGUGGACAGGAGGCUUAGCCUGCAGCCUCUGCCCUGAGCCUCAGUUACACAGGUUGAAUAAUUUGAGUUAAUUUAAGGUUUGCAUGAUGCCCUUCCACCCAAACGAUGCAUGUCCUGCAAGCCUGACACGCAUCCUUGAGGCAAAGAGGGGCUGUGUUUGUGUGCGUGGCUAGUUUUCUGAGCAGCCCAACUAAUUUUGGAGUUGCCCGUUUGCUUCUAGCCAAUUUCUUUUACAUCUGACUUCAUGCUCAGGAAGGGGAAACGUCACUGACAGAUAUACUCAUGGAGGUGGAUGUUAACGUGCCACAUCUGCUGCAUCCCGAGAUGCUCGGGUGCUUUGCUCCAGCCAGGUUAUGAAUUUUGUGUUGCCACGUUGGGGAAGCACAGGGGGUACGAUGUAGUGCCCUACAGCAACGGGGGGUAAGGCUUUCCCUUCUGAUCUGACACCCUGAGGAAGAACAGGGGCUUGCUCUCUCCUCGAGGCGUCUCUCCCUGCAGCUACAGAGGGGAUCUGCUUUCAGCAAGGCUUGAGCCAUAUCUGAGUCCUCGAGUCUUUGCGAGCUGUUGUGCUCAGGACCCGAGCUGCUAGACCAAAUGUCUGCAGAACUUUGGACCGCGGGCGAUGGCAGAGACGGCCAUAAUGCCUCUCGUUUCUUGUCCACGUGCACGAGGGCGCACAGCCCUUGUCUUCUGGGAGGAGAUGACCCAGCGGGGCCAGGGCAGGUGCAGUGAUGCUGCCGAAAGCCGCUCGCUGGAGCAGGACGAGGGGAAGACAGCAGGCAGGUGCCGUCUCUCUCACAUCCUUUAUGCAGCCGUGCAAGAGCAUGUCGCAGCUCAGCGUAUCGUGGCAGAGGAAGGCCAGCUCGCAUGCUCCAGUGCCUUGCUGUUCGCUCCGGUCCUGGGGAGCAAACUGUCAUCCUCGUCCGCAAAGAUGUAUUUUUGUCCUCCCGAUCUUAAUUUUGCCAGUGGCUUCCUGUCCUUGCCGCUGUCAGGCCUUUGUCUGCGGGGUGCAAGACGUGAUGGUGGACGAGGUUUUCCAUAUCGGCGCUGUGGGAUGGGCUGCGAGGAAGCCUCAGAGAUAGGCACAGCCUUCAAACGCCUUGUUCCUGCGUGUGCUGGUGUGGCUGCAGGCAGCCUGGCUGCCUUUGGGUAUGGUCCAGCCUGCCUUGGGCUGCUGGAGGCAGCGAUGCUCCGAAAUCAGCCUCUCCUCCGAGCCAUCCUCCAGGUGUGCGGCUGAACGGACAUGAGAAAUGGGGUGGUUUCUGUGCCAGAGACCCACGGCACAAAAUCCUCGUAGCUGCUCCACCAUGGCCCUGCUCCGGUGCAGUGGGGCAGCUGCAGGUGUCCGUGUCCGUGGCUGGUUGGGAUGAGGAGCAUCCGUGUGCCGCAGGAGCUUGCCAUCAGCAGGAGGCUGCUGGUGGAGGUGUCUCAGCUCCGCCUGGCGAGUGCUGGCUUGGUCAAAGGGAAAAAUAUCAAUAUGACUGUUUUUUCCCCUUGUUUUCUGUCCCCAUAGCAAGGCUGGCAUAGCGACUAUCUAGCGAGAAGCAUGAGAACAUGACCUUUUGUCUGUAAAGUUCACCCUGGCUUCUUCAGCAUACAGGACGAAAAUGAUGUCCUCUGUGCUGUGGACAGAAGCACUCACCAGAAAGGGACUGCCUGCAUUUGCAGGUUUUUUACAUUCUUCUGGCUUUUCUUCUGGAAAUGGCUAUUUCUGAGCCGAUGACCUGGGUAAUAGCCUUGGAUUUCUCCUGAGAGCUGACAGGUGACCGUGUGAUUGCAUUUUGACUCUUCACAUCACAGAUCACAGCCCUGUAGAGGAGCCAGCUGGUGCUCACAGACUUAGCUUCUCCCCAAGCAGGCAGUCAGGGAUGGAGGCCAGGCAUGGACGUUGUCACCAUGUCAGCCUGCAAGUUUUGAGUCUUUGUAGGUUCCUCGAACCGUGUAUUGUCCUUCCAGCCCUAAUAGUCUGGCUUGGAGGUGGCGUUUAAUAGGAGCAUGAAGCACUGGGUGGGCUUCAGGCCAUGCUAUCCCUGGUCCUCUCCCACGUUCUUCUUUCCAGACUUGGUGUUGUAAGAUCUGGUUGCAGAGACCACCCUCCAAGGCCUUUCUGCAAUAUCUGUGCCUUGGCUAAGUGGUAGUGAAAGGGGAGGUUGUUCCUGCACGCAGCUGGAGUAACGCUGUCCUCAGAUAGCUGCUGGAUCUCGGGGCUUUUGUGGCCAGCUGCUGGCUCCUGGUUUGGAUGAGGGCACAUUAUGGCUGUGAGCUUUGGUUCAUGUUAGUGAGAUAUGGAAAAAGUGGCUCUAUUUCUGAAGUGGGGAGCUCAUCAGUCAGUUGCUUCACGUGAAAGCAGGGGAGCAGAGUGAGCCCUUGCAGCCUUCAGAAACCAGCAGGCCUCGGACCACAGAGAUGUUUAAGGCUGGGCUGGCUGAUCUCAGAGGUCUUUUCCAACCUAAAUGAUUUGAUUCUAUGUGCCAGGUCCUCUGGAGGCUGAGUUUGCAGCUGCAUCCAUCCCAGGCAGAGGAACUGAUGCGUACCUUUGACAGGCUGCUAGUUACGAGACAGGAUUUUGUCGUGGCGUUUGUCCUUGGGGGUGAUUUCUCUGCUCUGAUGUCAGCCAGAUCUAACGAGCUGCUUUUUCUUAGGAAAAACCAUUGCUUUAGAUGCCUAAUUGCCUUGAAACCCUUUGCUAGGAGACUGUUGCAGAUCGUGAGCAUGUUGCUGCUUUUAGGAGGUGGGGUGGAUGGAUCGGAAGGAGGAAGAAUGGGACAGCGCAUAAGAAGAGGAAGAUGUGCCAGUGGCAAGCAGGGACUGGAAUGAUGUAGAUAAAGGGGCUGAAUCAGAGGGAGAUGAGCGCAGACUCCUGCGUGUGUCACGGAGAUGGGACCGAUGUGAAUUUAUAUUAAUUAACAGUGAAUGCCAGCUGGGUUUCCGGAGCCGGUAAAUCAACCUGUCUGCACCAGCUCGCUGCCAGGAGGGAGCCGCCUGCUGCUACACCUCUGCGAGGGCUGGAGGAGAGAGCUGCUGGGUCUGGGCUUUGCACGUGCACUCUCCUGCAUCAGGACAACCAGGGAGCGGCUGUGAUCUGUGCCCAGGUGCCCUCGUGCAGAUACCCAGGACGGAAAGUGGAUUGCUUGACAAAUUCAUGAAGCUGGUCCCGUGCCAAGGUGCUGCUACUCUCCAGCUAAACCCAGUCCCUUUGCCUGAAGGCGCUGUGCCUGGUGCGCUGCCUUGCAGGUGGUGUUCGUGGCAAAGCUCUGAGGAGCUGCGUGUGAAACCGUUCCUGGCUGUGCCGUUUGAGUUUCCAGCCGAAACGCAUGGGGUUGAGUUAAAAACCCUCUGAGCGUGCCGUGGAGGAGCUUUGCUUUUUCGUGGAGAUCAGCGCGGAGCAGGCAGGGAUGCGCCUGGGGUUUGCAUCGCUGCAGGCCAGGGACGUGCCCUGCCCCGUGGGGUGUCCUGCAGCGGGGCUGGGGUGUUCUCGGGAGGGUCCAGCCCCAUCCAGAAGCUGCUGAGUGCAAUGAAGAAGCUGCUCGUGCCUCGGUGUUGAGUCCUGACACGGUCACUGGCUGGAGAAGCCACCCAAAGGUGCUAGGAGGAGAAGGGCAGCCUGGCUGCUUGUCCUUCAGGGCUGCUGAAACCAGCACCAGCAGCUUCACCGGGGCUGCGGUGCCCAGAACCAGGGCUUUGGGGUCAUUUCCCUGGCUCUCCUGCUGCUUUGGAGCAGGGUGAGACCUCCUCUGACCCGAGCCAUGUAAUGAAGGUGGUUAGGCUAAUUAGCAUCCUCACGGUGCAAAGCUGGCCGUGCCCACCGCUGCCAGUCCCUCCUCUCCGACACGGUGUCUGCAUUGUUCUGCUGCUGUUUUCUCUGGGGAAGUCCCUCCGUUCACACACUCUCACUAACCAUAUGCCUUGAAAUUGAACGGGAAAAAAAAAUAUAGAAAAAAAAAGACGCUUAAGCCAGCCUUAAGUCUUUAAACAUUGGGGUUAUCCGUGCUGCUUGGAGAGGCGUGCUGGACCUGCUGCACAAAUACACGGUUUGCUUUGAGCUGGUGCUGAGAACUUGGUUUUGGACUCUACUGAGCUAAAGGGAUGUUAGGCAUCUAGAUUCUAGUGAAAAUUGAGUGUUAUACCCCCUGGGAGAAAUUAUUCUCACCUGAGCCUGGGAUCCAUUAGGAAACGCUCUGGAAAAGACAUGGGGAAGGCAGCAAGCAGCUUGCUGCUGCUGCACCCCAGAGAACGCAAGACCCUUGUGCACCUGCUUCGGAAACGGAUGCGCCGAUUUGGAAAUGCAACGAGAAUUUUUGGGGGUGGUUUUAAAGCUGUUUCCAGAAGUCUUGGGGGAUUUCAGGUGUUGCACGGUGGCGUGAUUAGCUGUCACAAUGCUAAUUGCUUUAGGAAAACGAAAAUAUUUACCUGUACGUGGAAGCGAGUGGUUGUGUGCGGGGUGUAUUUAUUUAGCACGCUCCCCUGGGGCACCGCUUGGCGUAACGAGGCUUCUGAUGGGGUUUGAAAUGAACCAGGCCGGAGACAACAAAGGAGGCUGCUGCGGCCCUGCUGGGUUUGCGAGAUGCUUUGUAUGCAGGCGUGCCCGUGGAGAGCAGCUUUCAAUGAAGACAUGAACGCUAAUAAUUCAGUAUGAAAACAUCAGGAAAACAGCAGCAUCAGUACCGCACGCCUCGCUAAAUUGAGCCAUAAUGGAGCAGGACGAGUACGACCUCUCCCAGCUAACGUGGAGCUGCUUGUUUUCAUCUCUUUAGGAAGGGCCGUCAUUUUUUUUAUUCUUUUAUUUUUUUUCCAGACAUCUGGGAUGUGCCGUGUCACCUUGCUGUAGGUUUUUGCCCAUGGCCAAUACUUUAGCAUCUUGCUUGGUGACUCCUCGCAGGGGAGCCAGCGUCAGCAUCACCGUGUGGUGCUGGAGCUGCUGCAGAAUGAGUCCCUGUCUGUCAAGCAAGUAUCGGGACGUCUGUAUCUCAGGCAGAGGAAACUUCCAGCCCUGGUGGAUCCAGAGAAAAACUUGGGCAAGGUGACCAUGAGCAUCGUCUAUGCGAGUGCAGCCUUGGCUUUGCUGUGGGUUUUACACAUCGGUCCCAAGCUCAGAUCUCACUGCCUUGAUGCUGGAAGUCAGUACUGCUGAUGCCCUCAAUACUUUCCAUUUUGCAUGGAUCCCAGGUGGUUUCUAGGUGGCCUGCUCCUCCUCUUGCAACCUGGGGGCUCUAUAAACCAAAAACCUGCUGUGGCAGCAUGAGGUCUGCUGGCUGUUUCUCACCCUACAAGCCUCCUUGUCCAGCUGGUGAAGGAGCAGCCCUGCUUGACCUCGGGUAAUCCGUGAGCUCCUCAAAGCCAAGCGAAUUUCUGCUGCUCUUUGGGGAGCUGCAAAGCCGUAGAGAGCAAACUGCUGCGCUGAGCCUCGCUGCUCCCAGAGGCAGCAGGGCCUGGGGCAAGCCUCUGUAGAUCUCCCUCAGAAAAAGGAGUUAUUGCUUGGUUCUCCAAGCCUGCCUUCUCCCGGGGGGACGGGACCACCAGCAGGUGCUGGGGGGCAACCUGGGGGCUUUGGUCCCCUCGUCCCCCUCUGCCAGCCCCUCGGCCGGCCGGGUCCCCGUUGUGUUCAGCCACACGGUGCUAACCACACGCAGUGCGUAGGCGGCGUCUCUUGGGCCACGUUUGCUUUGAUCCUCUCCUAGCCUAGCAAAGAAUGUGUUUAGAAUACAGGGGUUCCCGGCAAGGCUUUUGAAAAUGCCUAAUUUUAUACAUUUCUGAGGGUCUGACAGCGUUGUUAACUAUCUGUUCCACUUUAUCCUGAGGCAGAGGCACCAGGAUGCGCUCGCAGCAGAAAAAGCAUGAUGUAUGUGGUCGGGAGGAAAUGAGUAACGCUGCAUGGAACUCGUCAAUAAUGAAAGAGAAAUUAUGGGGGAAUUUUAAUGUGCAGGAAGGUUUCCUUCUCCACAGCCUCUGCCGGAGCCCUGCUCCCACCCCCAGGGACUGCUGUGCCCCUCACCUCGGUGCCGUCGCAUCAGUUGGUGUUUAUUUAAAAUAAAUAAUGCCUGGGUGGGGGCAGUCACCCAUCGAGGGCUUGCCCUCUUGUUCUGGGGAUAAACCCCAGCUGAAGAAGCUGUCCUGAGCCUACGCUUGCUCGUGUCGGUCUGAAACGGGAGCACUUUGGGGUGCUGGGCAGCCGUUACGAGCUGGAGCUGUGCUUUGGGGGCUCCCAGCAGGGGAGGGAUGCUCCGAGCACGUCCCACCAGUGACCAGCACCCCUGCGGCGCCCGUACUCACGCCAGGCUUUUCAUGUGGGCUUUGCUAGCAUGCUCGUGGUUAUCAGAGCGUGCUUUCUGCUUCCGAACGCGACGUGUGGCCUGGUGUUAGUCAGCCCGGGCUGAUGUCUGAGCUCCCACCACGCGCUGGCAAUUCCCAUCUGAAUCCCAGCCCCCGGGCAGCCUGGGCGAUGUCCCUGCAGGCAGUCCUGGGCAUUAGCUGUGUGCAAGCCUGCUUUCUAUCUUUAUUUUAAUACAUUUUUUAUGUAGCUUUGGUUCCUGACAGGCACUUGAUAUAUCUAUAUUUUUAAUUCAAAUUUUAUUCUAGAUGGCUUGGAGAAUGGAAGGGAAAUUCAUUCCUCUGCUAGAAGGCAGCGCUGCCUGAAGUAGGCAGUGGGCACAUUGACUUGUAGCGGGAGGCAUGAAAAGUUGUGAGAUCCACGUUUUUAUUUAAAGCAAUUCUUUCGGCGUGACUCAGCUCCACAAAACGGCUCACAACCGACCGGCUGCCUGUACCCAACUGCACGAUAACGCCUGUCGUUAGCUGACAUUGACAUUAAUAAUAAAACUUUUGCUCUCCUAGGCUGGGGAUCUGGUUUGGAUCCUCUUUGUUGGCUUUCCUUCCCAAAAUAUCGCAGCUCUGCCUAUAAAUACAAGUGCAAGAGGUCGGACUGAAAGCCCAGUGCUUGCUCUGUGCAGCUGGGGCUUUCGGGGGGGAGGCUGUCUGCAGGUUUUGGUGCCCUCCCUCCUUGAGGGGCUUGUGGGUUGGUGCUUUCUUCUCCCCUGCUGCAGUGGGACUUGGUUUUGCUUACCAACAAAUGUACUUUGGUUAAAAAAAAAAAAAAAAUAAUCAUGAAAAACAGCUGUAAAGAUGCUUUGUGCUGCGAGCACAGCUUGCUCCGGGUCAGGAGUGAAAGGAGCUGUGCUGAUGAGAGCACCUCGGGCUAUCUGGUGGCACUUGUGACAUCCCUCCUAGGAUGAAGAGCAGAGAGCUGCUGAGCUCCUGGUGUGCAGUGAGUGCAGGACACAGCAGCCUUUGCAAGGCAAAGAGCCUCAAAUCCUGUUUUAGCUGGUCUUGCUCUCUGGUUUUAAUCUGCUGUUUACAGGAGCAGGGCUGACAGCUGGGAAUAGGUGUGCCAGAAGAUCCUGGGAGGGGGAGAGGUAGAUUUAAGUUGUCUGUAGCUUGGAGCUGCAGCAGGGGUGAGGAUUUGCACUGGGGCAAACCUCGUGGUUUUUGCUAAUUUCCAUGUAAUCUGGGCAGAAAAGCCUCCAGGGAGAAAGUGAUGGCUUUCAGAGCUGGGAUUCCCAAGCAGAGAUGACCCUGAGUUUGAAACCAUCCCUUUCCCCAGGUUUUCUUUCUUCUGCAGAGCCAGGGGAGAGGUACAAACCUAUGUUUACAGAGGUUUUUUUUUUUUUCCCCAGUUUUUUGUUCCUCCUCCUUUCCGUUUUGCUUCGGGAUUUGAAAGCUGCCUGUCUGCCUUCUCCUGCUUGCGAGGGCUGCAGAGAUUUUCUCCCCAGCUCAUUGUUUGUGCUUCUUGCAAGCUAAAUAACAAGCGGCCUGUGUGUGCUUGUAUGCUUUGGUUCCUGUCCAAGCAGUGGGAGUGAUUAAGAGAAAAGGCGUUUAGCAUUUAGGUUUCUGUUCGGUGGCACCAAGAGCGCAUCAAAGCCGACAGGCCCCCAAAUCUGACCCCAAAGGCUCUUGCUGGGCAGUGCUCUCCCGCUCCUCGGUGUGCGCAGAGGGUUUGUGAGUCCCCUGCUAUUCCCCUGCAGUAUUUCAUUGAGAAAAAGACGCUGAACGAGUCUAUUUUGUAGUUCUAGUCCGAGCUGCCGUGAUGGGGAAGGAAGAAGGUUGCGGACAACUUUUCUUCCUCCCCAAACACCCAUCCUUCUGUUUGGAGAGACGGACACGAGGUCCUGGUGCCCUCGGUGGGAUCCAUGAGCGAUAUGGGGAUGGGGACGGGGUGUGUGUAGGUGUGCGUGGUUCCCAUGGUGGCAACCCUUGAGCGCCGAGCACCCCUCCAGCACUCUGCUGUCACACCAACGGAGAUAUUUUCAGCCAGCUUGCGGCUGCCGGUACGUGCCUGCCAGGGCUCUCCUCCUACGGCUUUACCCAAGAUGUUGUCUUGGCUUUUUCCUGCCACGCUGCGCUGUUAUUUUUGCCGUUCCGCAUUGCCUUCGGCAACUCCGCCGUGUCCCCGAGCUCCAUUAGAGGCUCUGUUCCCGUGCCAGCAGCAGUUUUGCAGAGCAGUUAAGUGCUGGCCCUGUGCAGGGUGGGUUUAUAAAAGGGUGUCACUGGUGAUGUCGGGAACACGAAGCUCGGAAGCGCCGGGAUCCCUGUUUGCCAUCUGUUUGCGUGGCCCUUUCCGAACGGCGCCGCCUUCCUCCAGAACUCAAGGAUCUUUAAUCAAAACUGUUUGGGUUGUGGUGUGAGGGAGGAAAUCCCAAAUUGUGGAGGAGACCGUGACAUUUCUUGACCUUUUCUCUGUGUAUCUCGGAGACAAACACACUCUAAUGAGUGUGCUUAUGUUUGUAGAUCCAGUCUUGGGGUGUGUUUCCCAAGGCAGGCGCUCGGCAAGAUGCUAGGCUGCGCAUUUCCCUGCAGCAAUCGAGAUAAACUCACAAACCCGUUGUGGGGACGGCGUGUCAGCUGCUCCGAGCCCCGGGACAGCUGUAUACAAGAAGCUAGCUUACUCACUGUUUCCAGAGAUGCUUCUCUCGAGGGCCACGUUUCACUUUGCUUGGAAAAUUCAGCGCUGCGGUUUCGAGCCGCUGGGUUGAGAGGUGGUGCCGCAGACCUGUCCGCCUGUGCAGGAACUCGUACGAUCUCAUCCUGUGCUCUGAAGAGAGCCAUGAGUGACUGCAGCUUAUUCUCUUGCAGCUGGUGCUGCCCAGAAGGGCUCGGAAAGCUCUGCUGCCGUAGCAGCGUCGGCUGGGGCUCAUCUCCUCCUCUUUGCUCAGGAGAAAUAUCGCAGCGGUGCCACGCAGAAACGGCCGCCGGUGCAUGAGCUAAAGUGGGAGAGAAUUUCAGAGUUGAGUGGCUAUCAGCCCUUGUGUGAUUCGUGAGAUUACUCAAAAGAGCCUGGCAUUUAGAAAGUGGAUUUUCGGCAGUUUCUGAAAAAUCGAGCCACGAAGCUGGUGCCACGUGGGAAAUCAUUAACCCGCUAUGCAUAUUUAUCACGCAUUAAAGCCUUGGGGAAACACCAGUUCUUGUGAUUCCAUCAAGAGAACUCGAUCGAGGGUGAUAGCAUCACAAGUGAGGUGGUUUCAUCCCAACAUCAGCGGCAUCGAGGCAGAGAAGUUGCUCCUGACCAGGGGCGUCCAUGGCAGCUUUCUGGCUCGGCCCAGCAAGAGCAACCCCGGAGAUUUCACCCUCUCCGUCAGGAGGAACGACGAGGUGACGCACAUUAAGAUCCAGAACACGGGGGAUUACUAUGACCUGUACGGAGGGGAGAAGUUUGCCACCCUUGCAGAGCUGGUGCAGUACUACACCGAGCAGCAGGGGCUGCUGCGGGAGAAGAACAGCAACGUCAUCGAGCUGAAAUACCCCCUGAACUGCCAGGACCCCACCUCGGAGAGGUGGUACCAUGGGCACCUCACGGGCAAGGAGGCAGAGAAACUUCUGACGGAGAAGGGGAAGCCAGGCAGCUUUCUGGUGCGGGAGAGCCAAAGCAAACCAGGAGACUUUGUGCUGUCGGUGCUGACAAACGAGGAUAAGAUGGAGACGGGGGACAGGAAACCCCACGUCACCCACGUGAUGAUCCACUACCAGCCAGAUGGGAAGUACGACGUGGGAGGAGGAGAGAGGUUUGACACGCUCACAGACCUGGUGGAGCACUAUAAGAAGAACCCCAUGGUGGAGAAAUCUGGAGCUGUGGUUCAUCUGAAGCAGCCAUUCAAUGCCACACGUAUCAAUGCGGCCAACAUUGAAAACAGAGUGAAGGAGCUGAACAAAAUGGCAGAUCACAGCGAGAAGGCCAAGCAGGGGUUCUGGGAAGAGUUUGAGAUGCUGCAGCAACAGGAGUGCAAGCUCCUCUACCCAAGGAAGGAGGGACAGCGACCCGAGAACAAGGCAAAGAAUCGCUACAAGAACAUCCUUCCCUUCGACACCACGCGGGUGGCGCUCCGAGACGUGGACGAGAGCGUGCCUGGGUCAGACUACAUCAAUGCCAACUACAUCAAGAGCAUCCCUGAGGAUGGAAGGAACUCGGAGCACUGCAAGAUCUACAUAGCCACCCAGGGCUGCCUGCAGACAACCGUGAACGACUUCUGGACCAUGGUGUACCAAGAGAACAGCCACGUCAUCGUGAUGACAACGAAGGAAGUGGAGCGGGGCAGGAACAAAUGUUUCCGCUACUGGCCGGACAAGGGCUGCGCCAAGGAGUACGGGUGCAUCUGCGUGCGCAACGUGAGCGAGCGCGAGGCCCAGGGCUACUACCUGCGGGAGCUGGAGAUCGUGCGCACGGACAGGGACGAGCGUCCCCGGGUGGUGAAGCACUAUCAGUAUUUCAGCUGGCCAGACCACGGGGUGCCCAACGAGCCGGGAGGAGUUCUCAGCUUUCUGGACCAAGUGAACCGGACACAGCGAAGCAUUCCUGACACGGGGCCGAUCAUAGUGCACUGCAGUGCCGGAAUAGGACGCACAGGCACCAUCAUCGUGAUAGACAUUCUGGUGGAUAUUAUCCACAGGCAAGGCUUGGACUGCGAUAUCGACAUCCCCAAAACUAUCCAGAUGGUUCGCAGGCAGCGCUCGGGCAUGGUGCAGACGGAGGCACAGUACAAGUUUGUUUACAUGGCUGUCCAGCAGUUCAUUGAGGCUGAGCAGAAGCGGUUGGAAGAAGAACAGAGGAAUAAAAGGAAAGAGCGAGACUACUUGAAUAUCGGAUACUCUCCUAUGGAAAAAGGCCGAGCCAAAGGGCAGCCUCCUUCGCCACGGGCCCAGUCUGUGGUGGAUGAUGAGUCAGCUUCCGUCUACGAGAACCUCAACAUCAAAAGCCCAAAGGUUUCAGGGAUGAGUAACACGGGGCGAUAAAGAGUCGGAGGUGAGCUGUAUGGAGGCUGUACAGCACCUUGGAUUCAGCAAGGAGUUAAGAAGCUGGCUGUAAGAAGCAAGCAGAGUCUGCGCCUUAAGGACAUGCCUUGACCUAACUUAUUCUCGAGAAGGAUCUUCUCCCGGUCUCCCCUGUAUCAGUAGGUUGAUAUUUAUGUGGAAGUGCCUCUGGACAUUUGUUGGGCAUCAAGGCUCAGUUUUAAUUUUUUUUUUUUUUUUAAUUUAAGAUUCUUAUUUUUUACAUGCAAAUUGUUAAAGGAAUGGAAACGACUAUUUGCUUAGGAGCUUUCCCAGGGUUGCCCAUUUAGGGCGUUAGAAAAGUAUUAGUGCACUCGGAUGUUUUCAUUAGGUCGAUCAUUUCCAAGCUAGAAGUGGUUCUAGACUAAUUCCCGGAGUAACUUCGCUGCCUGUGAAGGUGAGGAAGAGAGAGCACGGCCUGGUCCCAGGUGUACGUGCCUCUGAUUCUUGUCCUCACGCUUCCUUUGGGUUGUCCCAGUUCUAGCUUUCUAUGCAAGCCUGCCAACGCACACCGGGCAGUCCCUGCUGCCACCAUGCAGCAGGAGGGUGUGCGCGUGCCUGAGAGCCCGCAGAGCUCGGUGUCGGAGCAGAACUGGGGCCAGAGGGGGGCAUCUCCACCCUGGUGCGGGUCUGAACGUUGAGCUAUGGGAGAUCCCGCCUAGCUGAAGGGUGCUGAAGAGUAGGAAAGCAGCUUUGACUGUGCACUGUGCUUUUAGCCACCCCGAGCGAGUAACACAGCGUAGGAUGCUAGACUUGAGCUGAACUUGUGGAGCUGGGCCCCUCUAAGCUUGAUGCAGCUCUGCCGUUACCUUGCUGUAUGAGCUCUUUUUUUCCCCCUUGCAACUGUAUGACGAGGCAAGUGCUGUGUCUGCUGAGUAGGGGUGCUGUAGGAGCGCUUGUGACUUGACCAGUGCCGUGAAGACGUGUGUUAUUGAGUGGAAUAUUCCAGCUCUGUUGAUUAAGUCUUGACUUGUGACUCCCAGGGCCUCCUGCCGUUCCAGCCCUGAGGCCUGCAACUAGCCCUGCCAAAGAACCCCUUUUUGCGGGAUACACCAGGGACUGAAAGUGCUCUCUCUGGGGAGUUUUGGGCCUGAGUGCCAGUGCCUGAAGCUCUGGAGCAUGCGUGGGGAUGAUGCUGAUGUCCUCCUAGGUGCCUGGAAGAGGGCAGACGUGCGGCCCCCUGCGUGCUGGGGCACUGGUGCCCAGGGUGCUGGCUCCCAGCGCUGAGCAGAAGGGGUUGAACAAAAGCACAAUGACAUACCGUGGCUGUAUUUCCUGGCUGGUCUUCCUGGUCCCUCGUCACAGGGACAGGAGAACUGUUUAUUUUUAUUGCACUUUUAAUAAAUGUUGAAUAUUC